UUGAAUCUUAAGGACUGAUUCGUUUAUUCCGUCCAUAAGACUGAGUAAGCAAUUCACUCUGUACUAUUGCACAGCGGAAAUUGUUACUGUGUUCAGUGAGGCUAUCAGAACGUACCAGAGAAUGAAACAGAAAUCGCACAGGCUGGGACAUACACAACCCUAUUCCCGAAGACAACCAAGAAAUCCUGGAAUUAUUCGACCAAGGUCACACUUGCUGCAGCAUUAUGUCGAAAACCAGUGUGUCUAGUUACUGCAUUAGGCAGCAGUUGUGCGCAGCGGGAAGGACUGCUCCCGAACGAAAUCAAAAAAAGUACGGCGCACUGCGACCGGUUGUUCUGGGGCUGUUUAAGCAAGGCUGGUCCAAUCAUGCGAUAAAGAAGCACGUUAAAGCUAGAACGUCCUGGGUGGAAGAGAUAAUCAGGGAUGCUGGCUUAACUCAUCAAACACGCACGACGAAAAGUUCCCCUUUCAAAUGUACAGAUCAUGGUAAGCAUGCAAUCGUGACGAUUAAGAAGCGGCAUGGCGUAUGGCGGAUAUCUCGUCGCGAAAAACGAAAAGCUCCUUGGGCCGGACUGGACUGGACAAUUGCCGAAGAUGCGCAUACGUCCGCCACCGGAAAUGAAUCACGUUCUAUCAUGAGCAUUGCAAUGGAUAAUCUGUAUUGGGAAGAAAUACGCACCGCCAAAGAAGAUGCGAAGCUUAGAAAGGCAAAACACGGUAUCGCUGGAGGCGGAAGCGCCGUGGAUGGGCACAAGCAAACGAGUGGCAGCGCCAGAGAACUUGUACCUGAACAACUUUCCGCUGGCCAAGUAAAACAGGAGGACAAAGUCAGCGAACCAUCCUUUAUGUCGCCGGGCAGAUUCGCGGAAACUCCACCUGUAACAGUGCCGUUUCCCGAAGAAAAUUCGACCAUGAGCGGCCGAUACCAGUGCCAGGUUUGCCGUUUAUCCUGGGACAAUGACGAAGCAUUCCUGUUACAUUUGGCCGACAAAGUGCAUGAACUUCGUACAGCCGGGAACUUUCUAUAUUGUACUGGUUGUAAAUUUAGAAGCCGAAAGCCGGUGAAGGCUGGCAGACACGUUAUUAAGUACCAAUCGCGAUCUGCGUGGCAGAACUAUAGCUUACACUCUGUUAAAGCUUUAACUUAAUCCAUUAAAGCAUUAACUAAGUACUACAUUUAAUUAACUACAUUUAAUGCUAAUUUUCAGUCUUGACAAAUACGGUGUCCUUAAUUUUUGCGCUUGUUUUUGUAUUUUUGUUGUUUUGUGUUAAUAGAUUUGUGAGCACCGCGGUGCGGCAGCGUACGAGCGAUGCCAUAACUAUCUGGAAAACAGAUCUACACAACUGAUGAAAUG